GGUGCUCACCUGCCUCCUAGGCACGACAGCUCCUUCCCACUCCUGCUCAUCUGCCUGGAGCAGGGCUCCAGCGCCCGCCCCUGCCCCGCAGGAUGCGGCUGCUUCUCCGGGCAGCGGUUCUGUGCCUGGUGCUGGGCUUAGGGCACUGCACCCAGGAGGCCAAGGAGAACCCCGUCCACCCAGCUCCCCAGGCAGAGUCACCCUCUUCAGACUGGGGCAUCGGGGCCAUCCGGGACAGCUUUGAGACAGUUAACAGCUACUUUGACUCUGUCUUGGAACUGUUUGGGGGAAAAAACGGCGUUUGCCAGUACCGAUGUCGAUACGGGAAGGCUCCAAUGCCCCGACCUCACUACAAACCCCAAGAACCCAACGGCUGUAGCUCCUAUUUUCUGGGGCUCAAGGUACCCGAAAGUCUGGAUUUGGGCAUCCCUGCCAUGACCAAGUGCUGUAACCAGCUGGAUAUCUGUUACGACACCUGCGGGGCCAACAAAUACCGCUGCGACGCCAAGUUCCGCUGGUGCCUCCACUCCAUCUGCUCCGACCUGAAGCGCAGCCUGGGCUUUGUCUCCAAGGUGGAAGCUUGUGAAUCCGUGGCAGACACAGUGUUCAACGCCGUCUGGACCCUGGGCUGCCGGCCCUUCAUGAACAGCCAGAGAAGCGCCUGCAUCUGCAGCGAGGAAGAGCGAGAUGAACUGUGAUGGAAGAGCAGGUGCCCGGCCUCCAGGAGGCCUGCUGCCCAGCAUCCCCCCUCAGACACUUCAGCACAGUGAUUUCUGGCAUGGGAUGGGGGGACCUGGGCCAAGCAACACACAUCAACUACAGCUUUUGGGCAGAGGGAGACGGGCGGUGGCCGCAGGGCAGCGCUGCCUGCCACAGCUGCAGUUCAACAGCCUCACCCCUUUCCAAGUCCAUCAGCCUGAACCAUCAGAUGCCAGUUUUCUCUGCAGACUGAUCAGGAAAGGGAAGCAGGAUGCAGCACUGCUCAUCAACAAGGGGCUUCGCUUGUCUGUCUGCCUCAGACACACGUAUCUCAGUUCCCCCUGCCCCUUCCCUCUCCAAUUUGCAGUGCAAGGCAUUGGGUUCCUCCAGCCCCUGGAGGUCCCAGCCCAUGGGCAGUAUUUACAUUUUUCCACCACCAGUGACAGAAGAGGGGGAAAUUUCCUUUCAGCACGUUGCUCACACCCAUCCCUGACAUUUUCCAUCCUAUCAUUACACACCCUGACAACCCUGCUUAUUUAAACACUUGGAGGAUCCUAAAACCAUUUGGGAUUUGGGAAGCACGAGAGGGACUUGAAGUGUUUGUGAUACAGGCACGAUUAGCAUCUGGGCAGAAAGCAACUGAGGUCCUGAGAUGUGAAAUGCAAUAACCCACAGUGCUCUCCCACAGUCUCAGGAGAGAAAGCUGCAGUGAAGGAAGCUUCUGCAGUGUCAUCCAGGCUGCAUCUAUUUAAUUAGUUCCCUCCUAUAUUGUUUAACCAAGUGUUUCCCUCAGGAUCCCUUUUCACACAAACUGGCUGGGUAUCCCUCUCCAUCUUUUUUUGCAUGAGGGAAACAGGAGGUUCAUGGCCACCUUGGAUGAGAGAUUCAAAAUCCUGGAGGCUUAUCCCUCAGGUGGCAGGGCUUACAUGCCACCCCUGUGGGGCAGAGAUACCACCAGCUGCGGAGCCAUCAGCAGCCUCAGCCAACAUCCUUUCUAGAAGGUGGUUAAUGCUUCCAUCUGCUCUCAGGAGCUUUCAUGGCAUGCAAAAGUGGGAUUUAAAGCAGUAUCUGGAAUUUCAUCUAGAAAUAACAUUUGCAGGCAGCUUUCACCCCUGCUUCUGGUUGAAAAGAAGCUGCUACUGGGAGCACGUGCCAUGCCACGUAAAUAACUGCAGCAUCUUCUGCAAACACAGUGAUGCUUGUCUUCUCCCACUUGCCACAGCAAAGCUCAGGCUACAGAUGACUUAACAGGAAUGGAAAGAGUCUGUCUUUGUUGCUUUUCUUCUAGUUUGUGUUGAAAUGCAUGCAUGGAGCUAUAAAUGAUUUAAGCCCUGCAUUCCUGCUCUUGCCAGUCAUCUUUGCUUUAGAGCAAACAGCAACGAGACCUUCGUCUGGCCCCAGACAGGCUGAAACAAGAGCCCACAGGUGUUGAGACCAGGAAAAUGGAAGUGACUGCAUGAGGUGGACUGGGAUGUUUUUCACUGAAGAGGAUCUUAAUUUACACUGCUCAGGUGCAAUGACAUCCUUUCCUAGCUGUGCUCCUGCCACUGGAGGGUGAACAGCACAUUGCCAAGGUUCACUGCAGCGUGUGCCUAUCAGAGCACGAGGCUGGACAGACCAUCUGAGUAUCCAUGUCAGAAACACAUCUUGUUUGGGUUAGGGAUUGGAAGGAGACCUUCCUCCUUCCAGACACCUCCCCAGACUUUGCAUUUCGUUGGUGAAAUGAAAUUGGUUCCUGUUGCCAGUUUUAAACGUGAGCACACUCUUGUGAUUAAAUGACACCAUUUAAAAAAAAGCUCUCUUGUCUACACUCAAUAGCUGACUGGCUGGAGAACAUCUUAAAGCCUUUUACAGUUGAGGUGACACCAGAUGAAAGCCAGGCCAAGCAACUGGUGACAGAUGAUGACACACACUGGAGAAAUAAGAGGUAUCUGAACAAAAUCUAUUCCACACACUGAAGACAUCAUUAAUAUAAAUCCCAAUUUCCUCACACUUUCAGGCCACCACUCAUCCCAAAACACUACAAACCACUGCACGCAGGGCAGCUACUGAAUAAGGGCAAUUUUCACUACAAGGUUUAGCUGUGAUAAAUCUGAAAAACUCCAUGAGCAGCUCUUCAAGGAAACUCUGGAACCUUCAACUGGUGGCGGUGACUCAAGAAAUCCACCGGAUGAUCCUGGGUAGGAGAGAAGCAGCAGAUGAACUACAGCAAAACUUCAGCAUCCAACUGAAAAUCACUUCCCCUCUGUGCUGCUCCUGCUACCCAGCAGGAGGGGCAGCUGACCACGGGGCUCUCCAGGUCAAUGCACAAACCCUGGGGCAGCUUCAUCUCCACCCUGCUCUGAACAGGCAGCAAGAAGACACUGUGCUCACCUGAUGGCUUCCUGUGGCCUUUGUGGUUUUGGCAGGAUUAUUUGCAGCUCUUGCUGAUGCUCAACCCAUUUGGCCAGUGUGCCCAAGUAAUGGUUCUCCAAGCAGCAAUCCCUGUGUUUUCACUGAGGAUGGAAAAGCAGGGACUAGAAGAGCAGGUCACAGGCGUUUACCCUUGGGACAUCCAGCAUUCAGAUGUUUGGCUUUACAUCCUGAGAGAGAAGGAGGUGGCACCAGCCAGAACACCCCUGCAGCCCUGAUGCAGCGUGGGCUCUGAGCACUGGUUGGCAGUGCUAGUGGAACCCUGGGGAGCACUGGGGGGGGGCAGCAGGGUGUCCUCUCACCCACACCCUGCUAGCUCCUGCAGCACAUUUUGCAUCUGCUCUGUGGGUGGCAGGUUAAACAGCCAAAAGCAACCCCUUGGCUCUCAGAUGAGUUUGGCCUUUGAUUUCAUGUCCAGGCUGUAAUGCUGACAGAGGAGACAGAUGGAAGCAAGAGGUAAACCUGGGAGAGACAAAAGACUUUGAAAAAUGGUUCUGUUUGGUGCCUAGGAGGCAGCCCCUGCACAUGAGAGGAGGAAUGGCCACAGGGCAGUGAGAGAUAGCAGACCUGUUUGCACGGCAAACUGAACACCUUCCCAGGCUGCUCCAUUCACAUGGCAUCUCCUCCUCAUUACUCUUACAGAUCAUUUCACUAAAAAGCUGCAGAGCAGAAAGGCUGCUUCAUGUGAAUCUGUCAGGAAGAACCAAAUGAUAACUGACACAAGCCAGGAAAUGCAUCUCUCCCUCCACCACUCCCCCACAUCCCUUUCACACGGACAGAAAAACCCCAGCUGCCUCUCCAGAAGGCAUCAGCUAAUUAAUUUCAUUUUCCAGCUUUUGUUUUAUCAAAACAAGUAUAUUUAGCAGGGGUUGCCUGAACAGAGGAGCGACAGCAGGAAAUUGCCUGUGGUCCUGAUGCAGACGUGAAUCAGCAGAACCAGGAGACAAACAGCAAUGCUAGUGGGAGGCUUUUUCUCUUAUCUAUCUUUCAUGUAUGGUUAGAUAAUACAUUAAAAGUUUCUUUCCACUUAGACCUA